UUCCCCUGGAAAAGGCCUCCAUUCACUGGGCUUGUUUGCGCCGGAGAAAAACAACUGAGAGAUGAUAGGAAAUGAUGCUGCGUGUGUGUUUGCCCAGGGCUGAGUCAGGAGGGGCGGUGUCUGGAGGUGGAAACGGGACACCCUUGGCCUGCUUGGCCCCCCUUUUGCGCCCCAUAAAAGCCCACCCACCGCCCUCCCGGCUGCCCAGUCCUCCUCCAAGCGAAGCUGGUCACUCUCCUUCCUUCUGUCCAUCCGUCCUUCCGUCCAUCUGUCCGUCCUGAUGGCGAGUGGGGAGCUGACCGAGCUGGAAGCGGCCAUUGAGAAGAUCGUGUACAUCUUCUUCUCGUACGCGGCCCGAGAAGGGAAGAAGGGGACGCUGACCGCCGGGGAGUUCAAGGAGCUGGUCCAGUCACAGCUGCCCAACCUCAUGAAGGACGUGGGAGACUUGGACGAGAAGAUGAGCACUCUGGACGUGAACAACGACCAGGAGCUGAAGUUCGGGGAAUAUUGGCGUCUGAUUGGGGAGCUGGCCAAAGAGAUCAAGAAGGAGAAAGUGGGCAAGAAGAAAUGACCGCAGCCCAGAACCCAGGCACUUGCAGCUUCCAGUUUUGCAAUAAAAGUCACCCUUUGCUCAGA